UCCUCCCUCACCGCUCCAUGUGCGUCCCUCCCGAAGCUGCGCGCUCGGUGGAAGAGGACGACCAUCCCAGAUAGAAGGAGUGUACCGUUCUUUGGUCAAGGGUAUACAAUAGCUGCGCUCCCCUGCUAGAACCUCCAAACAAGCUCAAGGUCCAUUUGUAGGAGAACGUAGGGUAGUCAAGCUUCCAAGACUCCAGACACAUCCAAGUAAGGCGCUGCAUGUGGCAGUUUGCCAUUCUUUAUAAAAAAAAAAAAAAAAAAAUAUCAUUAUUAUUUAUUAUUAAAUUUGUUUGCUGCCCUAUGCCCAUAGAUCUCAGUUCACAACACAGUGGCUGAACAGCAAUAAGACUAUAUUGGAAUUUAAACAAUGACUUACUUUCCUGAGCCACUGUAAUAGUAGACACUCUGCUUCAGUGUUCCUUUGCAGAUGCUUUACUCUCACAAUCCCUUGCUUGCUGGGUUUGAUGGAAGUUGGAGUCCAACAAGGUCCAGAGGACCCCGGCUUGGGAAGGCCGCUCUGCUUCUGCGAUGUGUCUUUCUUCUUCCUUCUGUCCCUCAGAGCUUCUUCGUCACCACCUCCUGCCAGCUGAAACGCCUGGAAGCUGCCAGCCGCUCGCCCAUCUAUUCCCACAUUUCAGAGACCUUCCAAGGGAGUAUCGUCAUCCGUGCAUACAAGGACCAGCGGCGUUUUAUUCUGCAGAAUGACCUUAAGGUGGACGAAAACCACAGGGCAUCUUUCCCGGCCGUGGUGGCUGACAGGUAUGACAGUGCAGCUUCUGAGAAGGAAAGAGAAUGCCAUGGUCCGAGCUUUUGUAGUUGGGCUCAGAAUAGCUGUCCUCUUGGAUGUGGGUGGUGCUGUGGUCUAAGCCUCUUGGUUUGAAUCCCUACAACGGGUUGAGCUCCCGUUGCUAUGUCCCGGUUCCCACCAACCUAGCAGUUCAAAAGCACGUCAAAGUGCAAGUAGAUAAAUAGGUACUGCUGCGGCAGGAAGAUAAACAGUGUUUCCGUGCGCUCUGGUUUCCGUCACAGUGUCCCGUUUCACCAAAAGCAGUUUAGUCCUGCUGGCCGCAUGACCCGGAAAGCUGUCUAUGGGCAAACGCCAGCUCCCUCGGCCUGAAAGCAAGAUGAGCACCGCAACCCCAUAGUUGCCUUUACUGGACUUAACCAUCCAGGGGUCAUUUACCUUUACCCUCUUGGCACAGUACGCCCCUUGGUCUCCAGGCCCCAGAAAAUGGCUGACUUUACAGUCCUGUGGCACAACACACAUGGGUGGAGAACCUCAGGCCCGGGGGAUGACGAUGGCCCUCCAGACUUCUCCAUGUGGCCCUCAGGACUGAGCCUUUCCCCCCCUGGGGGCUCCCCAGCUGGUGUCUCCCACCACUCCUUUGCAGCCAACCAGUCUGUGACGUGAGAACCAGGCACCUUUCUCUCUCUCUUUUAAAAUCUCAGGUGGCUUGCCACGAACACAGAAUUCCUGGGGAAUGGCAUCGUCCUGUUUGCAGCUUUAUUCGCUGUGGUGAACAAAUCACACCUCAGUCCAGGGAUCGUGGGCUUUUCUGUUUCCUGUGCUCUGCAGGUAACCUGAACAUAUCACCAUGUCCUUAUCUGACAAAGAAAACAAGGUUGUUUGUUUGCUUUUGUUUAGCAAGAAGUGCACAGGAAUCGGUUUGAUGAGGCUCUUAGGAUUUUGAGCUGUAGAGCAUUAUAUUCACAUGCUAUACGAUGCACUUUUUUGUGCCAAUAAAGGAGAUUGAUUGAUACUCACAUAGAAGAUGGAGCAGGCUUGUUUUCUGCUGCCCCAGAGGCUAGAACCCAAACCAAUGUAUUCAAAUUCCAAGAAAGGAGAUUCCGACUAAACGUCAGGAAGAACUUUCUGACAUUAAGAACUAUUCAGCAGUGGAAUGGACUGCCUUGGAAGAUGGUAGAUGCUCCUUCAUUGGAGGUUUUUAAACAAAGGUUGGGUGGCUUUCUCUCAGGGAUUCUUUAGCUGUCAAAAGCAAGGUCUUUCCCUGUUCCUUGCCCCAAAAUUAACUCAAUGUAUUGGUUAUUAAUCCUCGCUCCCUGGUUGUUUAGGCAAGGAAUGAUAAAAGGAAAAUGCAAUUUCAAGGUGUGGGGGGUGCAGUUCCUCCUUAUAAGGCCUGUAUUUGCAUUUUUAAUUUUCGGUGUAUUUUAAUUUUAUUAUUUUAUUAUUGCAUUUAUAUCCCACCCUUUUCUCCAAAGAGCUCAAGGUGAGAUUCAUGGCCAGGUGGGGAAUUCAAACCCUGGUCUCCCACGUCCUAAGUCCAACGUGCUAAUCACUACACCACACUGGCUGUCCAUAGGAGGAAUGUGGAUCCGGUACUACCUAAUCCAUCUCAGCUCCCUGUCAUUUUGUGCUUCCCCCACCCCCCUACUCUCAUUUUGUUCAGAUUACCGGUGUUUUGAACUGGAUGGUGCGCUCCUUAGCAGAAAUGGAUAACAACAUUGUGUCUGUAGAGAGAGUGACUGAUUACUCAAUGACGCCCAAAGAGGUAAGUGAUGGCAUUCUCCUUCAGUUAAUUCAUGUAGGAAGCCCAAAUGGGUGGAUUGAUGCAUGGUGUGAGAAGAGGGGGGGGCAGCUCCCUCCAAGCUAUGAGCUCCUACUUGGGGGGAAGAACGUUGUUGCUCUCAGGGCCUGUUUUGGGGCUUCUCAUUGGUUGGCCACUGUGAGGAAAAGGUGCAAAGUUUUUGCCCUGAUCAAGCUUGGCUUUCUCAUGUUCUUAGCAAUUGUGAUCUGUCCUUCCAGCAACCCUCUGGGCAGAGAGAGAGAGAGAGCAGCAGGGAGGUCAUAAGGGGGGCUGAGAAAAGGGUCAGUUCCUCCCAUCUUUGGCUCCGGCCUUCUGGUGGAGGAGUAAUUUGACUCGGCUUGCAUUUAAAAGCAAACCUACCGAAUGUAAACAAUAUGUAAACCAAACCAGAGCUGUCCUUCGAAAUUAAGCCUUCAUUUUGCAAUGUAGUUCUCCAGCCAAGGCACGUGUCCAAAAAUGCAUAUAUUAUGUUAAAGUGGGCAGAUAAAUGCAUAUGUUACUGAAAACAACAUACAAAACUGCAUUAUAUUAGGAGAAAAUACUUUGCGCGCACACAAAAAUACAUUAGGCAGAAUUGUUUAGGAAAAAUGUACCUUUUGGGGAGAAUCUUCACUAUAAUGCUGAUGAAAUAAAUAAAUAAGAAAUGUAAAGGACCAAAAAUUCAGAUUGGAGAAAAUGAGAAAUGAUGGAUUUCUCCCUGAAAGAAUGAGACCCUUGACAGAAAACUUCCCCGUUCUUGCGGUAGAAGGCAGGAGGAGCAAGAAAAACAGAACGAGCCUUCUUUAGUG